ACUUCCCCAAACAACAAGAAAAAACCUAAAGUCCGGAACAGAAACUAGAGAACUUAAAAACUCAAAACAGAAAAAGAAAAUUCAGAAUCCUAUCCGAAAAUUUCUUAUUAGACUCGCCGGAGCUAAAUUGCUCUGGAGAGACCUUAACUACACCGAAUCGUGGCUUCUUCAUCGUCACAACCAAAUCUGAGAAGAAAACCUAAACCUUCUUCUUCAACAUCUGAAGAAACAACAAACCCUAGUACAGGAGGAGGAGCUUCAAUUACAACACCAACAACAACAAGAAUUAUAUACAGAGAAUCAAUUAAACCUAAUCUCUUUAGAUCUGAUCUACCGUUUUGGGCAUCUACUUGGUUCAUUGCAACCCUUCUCAUUAUGGCUAUUGGUUUCUUUUGUUUAGCUCUGUUUCUUUUCCUUGGAAUUAUUGAUUUUGAUCACAUUUCUGCUGCUUCUACACCUUCUUCAACUCCAGCCUCUGAAGGUGUUGAGAUUACUUAUGGAUCAACCUUGAAAUUGAUGCAUGAGAAGACUAAAUUUAGGCUUCAUUCACAUGAUGUACCAUAUGGUUCUGGUAGUGGACAACAGUCUGUUACUGGUUUCCCUAGUGUUGAUGAUUCUAACAGCUACUGGAUUGUGAGACCUCAGCCUGAUACAUCUGCGAAACAAGGUGAUCCAAUUAAGAGUGGAACAGUUGUUAGGUUACAGCAUAUGAAGACACGAAAAUGGCUUCACAGCCACUUGCACGCAUCUCCAAUUUCAGGCAACCUUGAGGUUAGCUGCUUUGGAGGGGAAGGCAACUCUGAUACUGGAGAUUAUUGGAAGCUUGAGAUUGAAGGUAAAGGUAAAACCUGGAGGCAAGAUCAAAGGGUCAGACUUCAACACGUUGACACUGGUGGUUAUUUGCAUAGUCAUGACAAGAAAUACACUAGGAUAGCUGGAGGUCAGCAAGAGGUUUGCGGAGUUAGAGAGAAGCGACCUGAUAAUGUAUGGUUGGCAGCAGAAGGGGUAUACCUUCCGGUUAAUGAAGCAAGUAAAAGUAGUCAGAAGUAAAAUUGAGCCACUGGGGUGUAUGUAGGUUUUUUUUCUUUUUCUUAUCUCGUUACAGUUUGGAACAGAGUAUAAUUAAAUAACGCUUUCCUGUUAAAUUUUAAAGGAUGUUGUGCAUCAGUACUAUCACUGAUAUAUAUGUUCUUUUUUUGCCCCUUCUAACCCGUAAAAGAAAAAAAUUCAUACA